CAUGUCUUUUUAUUCCAUGAAGAGCCCAAGGUUACCCUGGACCCUCCUGUUCCAGAUCAUACUGUGAAAGAAGGAUCUUUCGUUAACCUGACCUGUGGCUUUGACCGCUGCACCCUGAAUGAGAGCAGCUUUGUCUGGUACAGGGAGGGGCAGCCAAUCAGGAACGCAACAUCAAACAAACUUCAGUUUAAUGUUUCUUAUGAGCAUUCUGGGAAGUACUGCUGUGCUUCUGCUGAGAACAGCAGCAUUAAAUCUGAAGAAAUCAAUUUGAUUGUGAAUUACUCCCCAAAGAACACCUCAGUCGGGGCUCCCGGUGGAAUAGUGGAAGGGAGCUCAGUGACGCUGACCUGCACCAGCAAUGCAAACCCACCAGUCAGCAGCUACACCUGGUUCAGGAGGGAUGGAAAUGGGGAUGAGGAGAAAGCUCGUCAGCAGCAUCUCAAUUUCAGCAGCAUCACCUCCAGUGACAGCGGAGAUUAUUAUUGUGAAGCUAAGAAUUCUCUAGGCGCACAGAACUCUUCCUCGGUUCAUCUGAGUGUGACAGCGAUCAUGAGAAUGAAUAUGUUAAUAUAUGCAGUGGCUGGGAGUGUGCCUGUGAUCAUCUUGCUUAUCCUGGUGAUUAUCAUUUGCAUCAAGCGGAACAAGAAAGACCAACCAAUCGAAAAAGUGAAUGUGAAAAGCGAAGGAGGGAAUCAGGAGCUCACGGUUAUAAAUACAAUAUAUGAAAAUGUAAAUGGAUUGCCUUCUAGCGGAGGAACGCAAGAGCAUGUAGAGGAGAUACACUAUGGAUCCAUCCAGUUCCAGGAGAGAAACCAGCCUCACGCACUGAUAGAUGAUAAGAACAUCCCUUUAGAAGACUCUGUCAUCUACAGCACAGUUGCCAAGCCAGUCAGCUGAACGAAACGCAGGUUCACAAUUGUGCAGCAAUGCUGAGGAACACGCUGCAGUCAUUCAAGAUCUUUUGCCACGUAUCCUCCUUCAAGCAUUGGGACAGGUGAAGAAAUGUCGAGCAACGGAAGGAGGGCACGUGCUUUACCAACACAGAGCCCUUGCUUACCAGAGUGUGAGCAACCCCAAUCUGAGUCUUCACGAGCAGCAUGUGUACAUGCAGUUAAAAUGUCACGACUCUCUGUCUCAAGGAAAGAAACGCAAUGUCAGAUUCUUGUGUAAAAGCAAAGCUCAUUUAUUAGUAUUUGUUUCUUAAAUCCACAAAGCAAGGUGACAGUCAGUAAAUUACAUUUAAAGACAUAACGGUAUGUAAAAAAAUUAAUUAAAUGUUUUUCAUAUGAAAUAAAGACAUGUUUUAAUAUCUAUAUAUCUUAUAGCUGCAGAAAGCUCAGACCAUAUGCAGGGUGUGGUAACUUUAUUAAUAUAUAAUGAAUCAGUCCAUUCUACUUUUAUUCAAAUUACACUGUUUAUAGAUUCACGAAAGAUUAUUCUUAACAGAUGAUUAUAGCCAGCACAUGAUUACAUUGGUUUACAUUCAUUGGAUAUUCAAGAUACAGAAACAUCACAAGUAUUGCGACCCAUUCUUCUAGUCGAAUAAUGCUAGUCUCCUAACUUGCAGUCAAAAUAGUAAUUAGCCAUUUCUUUCAACUGGGGACACCCUU